AUGACCGCCACGCCACAAGCACCCACCCACGCCAGUCCACCCAUCAUCCUACGCAGGUGCUACAAGACCACGAACCAGUUUCCGCCUGCACGCUUCGUCUGGCUCCUUUACGCUCCCCCUCCUUUUACCUUCCACCUUGCCUGCCUGUCCUAG